AUGCUGAAGCGCUUCGAGGCUCUUUCGCAGAACUUUCGAUCCGAAAUGCAAGAGUUGUUUGGUCAAGAAACCGAGACGGCCAAGGACGUCUGCCGUUUGGAGCAGCUGGUGCGGGAAAUGCAGAAAGAUCUGGAAGCCGAGCGCGCAAGCGUUGGGGCCACCGCAUCCAGCAUUCGGCAGUACAUGGAGACGUGGCAGGCUUCACACGUCGCCACCGUGUUUGGAAGCGAGGAGGCUUCUACAAGCGACCGGACGCGCUGCCAAGGUGGGCCGACAGAAGCAAUGUGCGCAGUGGACUUGCAGCGGAUCGUGGAGAAGGUGCUCGAGGCAUUCUUCGACUCAGCUGUAGUGUUGCUCAGAGAGCAAGUGCAGCCAGCCAUGUUGUCUGCAGCUAUAAGCAGCGUGUCCAGCGACCUUUCUGGAGCCGCCGGGAGCGACCUGGCGGAUCACUUCCUGCCAUCGCACCUGGCGCGUGCACAAGAGGCAUACAAUCGGGUCUCCGAGCACCUCAGCAACAUCAAAUCCUCCCGUGCAAAGGCCGCGAAGGGUCUGACGCCGAGCCCUGCGCCCGACGUGCCCAGGGAUCUGGGAGUUGCGCAGCUGGAGUCGGCCAUGGAGGAGCUGCUUGCAGGCCGGAGGUCGAUGCAAGACUCCCGCGCUGCGCACCUGGCCUUAAGGAGCCAGAUCACUGCUGAGCUGCAAUCCUCGAAGCUGGCGCUUUGGGAACCUCAGGUCCCAAACAUCUUGGCCGCGAGCGGCAUCUCUACGAACGGGGCCGAUACGCGAGAGCAUGCGCCGGCGGAAGAGUCACCUUUGCGCGCUGCGCAGGACAACGAGGCGGCCAGCCCGCGGAACUCCGGAGCAGCGAAGAGUCCUCCAAGCGCUCCCUGCACACCUGCCGUCAGCCCUGCCAGGAUCACCCCCAAGGACAACAUCCGUGAUAUCCGGGAACGGCCUUCGCCGCCUGUCAGAAGAGUCCAUGCGGUGCAGGGCCGGCCGGAGCUGGAGGAGGCUCAGAGGCAGAUUGCUGCUUUGCAGGAUCAGCUUGAGGCCGGACACGGCGAAAUGAGCCGCUUGCGUGCAGAUCUCGCUGAGGCACAGAAGUUGAAGUCAGAGGAGGAGAAGCAGCUGGUUGAGUUCAAGCUGCUGAGAGCCAAGGAGAAUGAGCUGCAAAGCUCCAAAAUGGAGGUUCAGCAACUGCAAGCUGAGCUCGAGGAGUUGCGGACGAGCUCCAGGCAGCUAGAGACGCGCUGCGCACAGCACCAAAGCACCAUCAAAGAUAAAUCGGAGAAAAUCAUCGCGUUGGUGAAGCAGCUAGACCAUGAAGUUGAGCAAGUGCGGCUGCUUUCUGAUGAGAACAACACGCUCCGAUUGGAGUUGGGCCGUGAUGCCGAGUACUUGAAGGUUGUAGCGGCUUCUGCCGACCCGCUCUCCUACAAAUCUGCUGCUGGCGCGCUUGCCGAAGACCUCUUGAAUGAAGAGCAGCAAUUUCGCGAGGACUUGCGCUCGCUUGCGGCGAAAUAUCCAGGACUUCCCAAAGCAGGCGACCACUACAACAAUUGGUGUGAGUUGCAGAUCUCUCGGGUUUCUGAUCUUCAUCGUAGUUUCUUGCAUCGACUGCAAGACCAUCGGAGUGACUUCCCUGAGGAAGUGAAGGUCGAGUUCAGCACACCCACGGAAGAAGCACAGAAGGGCUGGAUGCAGCAGGAAGCCGUGAUGACGAAGGCCGGGGUCGAGUUCCAGGAAGCCGAGCAGGAGCACAACCGCAGGUGGGAGGAGCAUCGCUUGAAGCUCACCUUUGAAAGGGAUUCCAAGGUCAAGCAGCUGCUUGACCAAGCGGAGCGUUCUCAAAGCAAGGCUGAGAAGCAGCUUCUCAUGCAGCAGGCCAAACUGUAUGGCCAGCGCAUAGAUGCCCAACUGGAUCGUGCGUGGGAGGAUCAGCGGCAAGAGCGCGAGACCCGGUGGUCCCUGCAUCAGCAGCAGAAGCAGGAGCUGCGCCAGAAGAUCAAGGGCCUCGUGGACUUUGUCCGGACCCACGGUGUGAAGGUUCUGGUCGGAACACCGGAUGACUUUAUUUGCGUCCCAGGGAGCCUCAAGAUGGUGGCCAGAGCCCCUAGAGCCUAUGAGCUUUGGAAAUCGCACGAGCCAAUGCAGAAGCAGCAGUCCAUGCUUUGCCACCCGAAACUGCUUCAACCGGUGUCCUGCUAUGAGGUUUUAGCCGACGACGAGAAGACUUGGUCGUGGACCAAGGAGAGUCCUGUAUCGUCUUGCCCUUUCCUUCAACUUGUGUACCUCAUCGUCUAUUGCUGGCAGGAGUUCCUCGAGAUGGUUGGCCCUGACCACGUCAUGGGCCUCGCCAUCGGAAACGAGUUGGAGCUGUUGGCAGACCAUGCGGACCAGACGUGUAUAGAG